AUGACACCUGAUGCUGCUAUCUUCAAGUCAUUGGACAGAAGCUGCAGAACCAAAGUCAAGAUUGGUGAUGGCCACUUUAUAAAAGCAGAAGGCAAGGGGGAUGUGCUGAUAUGCACUCCCAUAGGUGCCAAGGGAUAUCAGUGCCAAAUCAGUGAUCUAAAUGGAUCUAAGCUCAUGGCAGUCACCAUGGCUGAUAAGAGUUUUGUGGUUGAUUGGACAAAGGACUUAGAAACUGCAUAUAUAGCUACAACAGAUGAAUCCAAGCUUUGGUAUCAAAGACUUGGACAUGCCAACUACAAAUCAAUGGAUCAGCUGUGCAGAAGUGGUUUGGCUGAAAAUUUCAUAAGCUCAGUUCAAAACCAGGAAAAGUUCAAAACUGCUGCUGAGACUGAAACUGACUGCAAGCUAAAGACCAUAAGGUCUGAUAAUAGAACUGAGUACACCUCAGCUCAGUUCCAAGCCUUUUAUGAUAAGGCAGGCAUCAAACAUCAGCUUACCAACACUUAUACACCUCAGCAAAAUGGUGUAAGUGAAAGAAAGAAUAGGAGCUUGAUGGAUAUGGCCAGGUGCUUGAUGAUUCAGAAGAAUUUUCCUAAGACUCUGUGGGCAGAGGCAGUUAACACUGCAGCCUACAUUCAAAACAGGCUUCCAACCAAGGCUUUGACUCAAAAGACUCCAUUUGAAGGCUGGCUUAGAUUCAAGCCAUCACUGGCUCAUCUGAAGGUCUUUGGAUGCAUUUGCUAUGCACAUGUGCCUACUAUUAAAAGAGACAAGCUAUCUGAAAGAGCUCGACCUAGUGUUCUGGUGGGCUAUAGCACUGUCAAAAAAGGCUAUAGGAUCUUAGAUCCUUCAACAAACAAGGUUUCGGUUAGCAGGGAUAUGGUCUUUAAUGAAAAAUCAUGCUGGAACUGGGAAAGGAGUGAACCUGAGGCAGUUUCUGAAGAUCUUGCAACAGAUCGAAUAGGAACAGAUCAAGAUGGUCUUGAAAUGGACAUAGAUGAUGAACCAGUCAAGGGAACUAGACCAUUGGCUGAGAUUUAUGAAAGGGCUCAUAUAGCUAUAUUUGAACCAAGUAAUUUUGAAGAGGCUAAAGCUUAG